CUGCCUUCAACAACCGAUUUCUCCACUCCGUACAGCCUACAGAUAUAACUCUCACAUAGUCUGAUCAAUCCACAUGGUAUACUGUUCUACCUCCCACCCAUCACUACCAAGCCCAGCUGCACCCAACUCUCUCUAUCAGAUGUCUUCCAAGCCACGCCCAUGUAGCUCUCACACCACCACGCACUGGCUAGCAAAGUUAGCACUAUUAUGUCUCACCACCAACCUCCUGGCAGCCGGUGCUCCCACUAAUGGCAAGAUGCGGAGACCUGCCAUCUCAACUGCUGCCAGAAAAGAAAAAUGUAUCCGCGAUCUCGCAUUCAACCCUCAAAGUUCGCUGGCUCGCCGCUCUGAUCAAGAAACUCUCAGCACUCACAAUGCGAGAUUACUUCAUCAACCUCGCAGUGCUCGCUUGCAUUAUUGUUACAUUUGCUUUAGCGUACAAGAUCUGUAGCAAGACCAUGCGUUGUCAGCGAUGUCGGGUGGACAGAGCAGCACAGCGCGAGGAAAGACAAGCCCGUCGAGCCUACAAGGCCGCAGCGCGCCGACAUAAAUGGCGACAGUGGUGGGAGGGCAAGAUCUGCCACAAAUCCGAAACGAUGCCUAUGACCCCUCUCGCAUAUGAUUUGCCUGACAGAGAUCUGGAGCAAGGUCUGCAGUCCGAUGCAGAGUCGUAUGUCAUCGAGCCUGUGAAUCUGCAGACGGAGAUUCAAGACUUCAGGCAGGCGCUUGAGUAUGUUGGAGACUUGUUCCGAGAGAGCGUUACACAUCCCUAUGAAAACAAAGUGGGUGAGAAGACACGUUUGUAUAAGAUGGAGAGUGCGGGGUCCGAUACGGCAGCGUCGUCGACGGUUGGGUUGGCGACCAUUAUGUCUACGGGAUCGAGCAGCUUGAAGAGUCUGGACUGUAAGUCAUCUGUGACGCUGGAUACGUUGGAUAGUAUGGAGUCGCCGCCCCCCAGCUAUCAUUCGUGAUUGGGCUGUGUAAUAAUAAUAAUGGUGCAUGAGACUCGGGUGUAUUGAUAUGGCUCAUGGCGAAAGGCUGGUUCUGGUGGUUCAUAAUGCUUAAUAAUAUUACAUGGCGAUUUUGUUGGAUGGCUUGAAUAAGAAAACAUUAAAUGCCAUUGCUUCACAC